AUGGGGAUGAAAUUUUUGAACAAGAAGGGUUGGCAUACGGGUAGUCUCCGUAACAUCGAGAACGUAUGGAAAGCUGAGCAGAAACAAGAGGCUGAGCAGAAAAAGCUUGAGGAGCUUCGUCUCCAGAUCGUGCAGGAAAGAGAACGUUCUGAGUUUCGKGCUCUUCAGGAACAAGCCGGUCUCGUUCCGAGGCAAGAGAGAUUGGAGUUUCUGUAUGAUUCAGGAUUAGCUGUAGGGAAAGGGAGUGCGAGUAGUUCAGGUCAUGGUGUUUCGUUUCAGAAAGAAGAGCAGCCUUUAGCCAAAGCUGAAGCUGGUUCUAGUACCGGUGAGAAGCCAGAUCAGUCGGUUCGUGGUGCGCUUUUUGAGGAUAAGGCGCAAUCUGCUAAUGAUUCUUGGAGGAAACUUCACUCUGACCCUUUGCUUCUCAUUAGGCAGCGAGAGCAGGAAGCUCUUGCAAGAAUCAAGAACAAUCCCGUAAAGAUGGCUCUUAUUCGGAAAUCUGAAGAUUCUGCUCAAGAGAAUAACGUAAGAAAAUCCCACCAUCACAAAACAUCAGAAACUUAUGACAAACACAAUGAGAGACGGAGGUCAGAUAUAGACGAUGAGUCAAAGAGUCAUAAUAAGCACUUUGAGAGGCCAAGGUCAGAUAUAGACGACGAGCCAAAAAGAAGAGAAAGUCGUGAUAAGCAUUAUGAGAGACGAAGGUCAGAAUUGGAUGAUGAGUCCAAAAGAAGAGAAAGUCACGACAAGCACUAUGAGAGACGAAGGUCAGAUUUAGAGGAUGAGUCCAAAAGAAGAGAAAGUCAUGACAAGCACUAUGAGAGACGAAGGUCAGAUUUGGAUGAUGAAUCAAUAAGAAGAGAAAGUCAUAGAGAAUCUCGACCCACCCGGAAUCACUCCCCUAGCAACCGUUUGGAAAGGGAGAAUCUCAAGAGUUAUGGUCAAGAGGAUAGAAAAAGGAAAACAGAGGAUUUAGACAAUGGAAAAUACCCUUCCAAAGAGAAUGAAACCCAUCAGAACAGACGGCGUAAAGGUGGCUCUAAACUAUCAGAAGAAGAGAGAGCAGCUAGAUUGAAGCAAAUGCAAAUGGAUGCAGAGGUGCACGAGGAGCAAAGAUGGAGAAGAAUAAAGAAAGCCGACGAAACUGAUGCAGUGGAAGCUGACAAGAACAAAGUAUCCGUCGGCAAAAGCUUUUUGGACGAUGCUAAUAAAAGCGUGUACGGAGUCGAGAAAGGUGGAAGCUCAACAAUCGAAGAAAGCGUGCGUCGUAGAAGCUAUUACUCACAGCGCGGAACUGAAGCUGAAGGCAACGCGUUUCGCCGCUAG